AUGUCGUUGGCCGUGUUGAAGUUCCCUCUCUGCCUCUUCCUCAUGCUGGUAGCAGGAGCAGAGUGUCAAGAACUCCUGAUCCACUUGAAGUUCGAUGAAACCGGGGGUCAGAGUUCCUUCCAGGAUUCCUCGAGCCACAACAAGAAUGCUGACUGCCGACUUUCAGGCGCUUCCUGUCCGAGGUCAGGACAGCAAGGAGCCGUUGGCCUUGCAGUUUACUUCGCCGCAUCCUGCCCACGAGACACGAGCACCUACCGCGAUGACUGCGAGUACACGGAUGCAGUCAAGUCAUACAACUCACUUGCGCCAGGGCAGAAGACAGACUGCUUCUACAGCAAUCAGAAGCGGAUUGAGAUGCUCAGCAAGUACAUCACUCAGUCAGCCACGUGCGGCAGUGCCGUCAGGUUCGACCCCGUGCAGAUUCACGAUGGGACGGUGGCCAUGUGGUACAAGGAGUACGGGUCGAGAGACAGCUCGAGGGGCUGGGACCUCAGCCUGGUAGGAGGAAGCGCGUUCGUCAUGGGACGUAUCGGCCCUGCUCACUGGGGAGGAUACUGGUGCGGUCAUUGGCACCUUGCUUUGCCUGACGGGUACGCGGGAAACUCGCUCAAAGGCUGGGAUCACCUAUCCUGGCACCACCUCGCCUUUGUGUUUGCGGGGGAUACCGUCGUGAUGUACCUGGACGGGUCCAGAGUCCUCAUGCUCGCCGACGCCGGGAGCUGUAGCAAAGAGCUCUCCUUCCUCGGCAAGCGGACUGUGAGGUACGACCAGCAGGGCAACAGCGUGCGAGGUGUUGAGUGGUCGGGAGGGUUGGACGCCAGGAAGGUACAGGACACGCCAGGAGCGAUCAACAACAUGCUAAAGGUGAAGGAAUGGAGCACAAACUACCUCAAGGGCCUCGUCGAUGACUUCCGGGUGUACGACCGUCCUCUGACUGAGACAGACAUUCGAGGCAUCAUGCACUGA